AUGCGGGGCUAUCAUCCUAGUUGUGAAGCUAUGAUCACCUCCACAUGGUCCAUAAGAGUUUUGGGUUUCCGCAUGUAUGUUCUCAACAGAAAACUCCAACUUCUCAAAUCAAAUUUAAAGUUUUGGGAGAAAAAAGCUUUUGGUAAUGUUAAGGAUAAUGUGGAUAUGGCUGAGUCCAAGCUCAAGGAUAUUCCAAAACCAAAUCGCCUCUAUAGGCCAUUCAGACCUACUUGCAAACCAAGAAAGAAAUGCACAAUGUAA